AUGACACCACCAGAGGACGACCCACCGCCCCGUGCAGCCUCCAAGGGGCGGCCGGACAUCCCCGCCCGGCCCGGGAGGAGCGGCCCCAGCCCCGGGAUCGUCGCCCUGACAACCUCGGAGGCAGAGAAGGCAGUCCGGGUCCAGCAGCGCCGAGUCCCGCGAGACUGCGCCGCUCGGCCCAGCCCCGGUGCCGCUCACUGGGCAUGCUCCGAGCCCGGGGGAGGGCGUGGCCGCUCGGCUGGCCCCGCGCGCGCCCCCGCUUCCUGCACGUCCCGGGCUCAGACCCUCCCUAGUCCCUCCCACGCACGUAGACCCCGCCCCACGCUGCCUCGGCCCAGGGCUCACUUCGGCCCCGCCCCGCCCCCCGCACGCCCAGGCUCCGCCCCCAAGCCGCUCAGGCCACGCCUCGGCCUCGGUCCGGGACGUGCUCGGGCAACUCACGCUCCUAGAGCGCUGUGUGUCUCAACACCCGCAGGUCCUGGCGGUCCCACCGUUCGCUACUUGAGUUGCGUGCUGGACUUGUGCGAAAAGCCUCUAGACAAUUACAUGUUCCAUUGCAGAAGAGGCCCCUCUGUCUUCAGGCCUGUGCUUGGCAGGAUGGACAAGCCUUGUGAAGUGAAAUACACAAUGUUGGACAGCCCUUUGGGGAAAAUCAAGAUAUCGGGUUGUGAACAAGGUCUGCAUGGGAUAAGGCUUCCUGGUGAGAAGGUGCCCAGAGCUGGCACCAUGGGUGCCCCAGCCCUUGCUGAGGCUUUCAGCAGCCCGGAGGGAGUGACGGAGCCCCUCAGGCAGUGUGCAGCCUGGCUGGAUGCCUACUUCCAGGAGCCCAUGGCCAUCAAAGAGCUCCCCUUGCCAGCUCUUCACCAUCCCAUCUUCCAGCAAGACUCAUUCACCAGACAGGUGUUAUGGAAGCUGCUGAAGGCUGUGAAAUUCGGAGAAACGGUGUCUUACCAGCAGUUAGCAGCCCUGGCAGGAAACCCCAGAGCAGCACGGGCCGUGGGAGGAGCAAUGAGAAGCAAUCCUGUCCCCAUCCUCAUCCCGUGCCAUCGAGUGGUCUGUAGCAGCGGAGCCCUGGGCAACUACUCCGGAGGAGGAUGGGCCGUGAAAGAGUGGCUUCUGGCCCACGAAGGCAGCAGGGCAGGGAAGCCAACCUGGGAAGGGCGCUCGGGCCCAGCCAGCUCCCUGAGUGCCGGCCGGAAGUGAGUGCAGUAGGAAUGUGCCCUCCAGUGACGUGAAAGGUGACCCUGCAUUGGAAGUGGACUGGGGGACCCCGCUGCGUGGGUGUGUCUGGGGAAUGCAGCCUGUCUGCCCCCUCACGUCUAUGUUUUACAGCAGAGUAAACUCGGAGCCCAGCCGUGUGA